GGACUCCAGCGCCGGUCGGCGCGCCGAUCGCCCUCGGGGUCGUGGCCGACCUGGGGCAGACGGAGUUCGACUACACGAAAGAGUGACCUUUUGCCGGAGUGACCUUUGGUGCGGGCCCAUUGGGGGCCCCCCGAUCGCCGAGCGCGAUGUAGCGUCUUGCGCGCUUGUGUUUGACCCCCCCGCGGCCCCCCAAGAAGCCGCGCACCAGAGGUCAUUUCUACCGAGGGUCAAUAUUGCGUGUGGCCGAGGAGUGGUCCCACGACACCAUGGGGCACAUGCGGAAGGACUUCGAGGAGGGGGCGUUCGACUCGGCGAUCUUCCCAGGCGAUUUGUCUUACGCCGACGGGUUCGGCCCGCGCUGGGAUUCUUACGGUCGCCUGGCAGAGCCUUUGUUUUCACAGUUACCUACUGCGUACACGGUUGGAAAUCACGAGAUGUCUUCGGGCAUGGAGCAGGCGGUCCACUUCCGUUGGAGGUAUCCCGCGCUCUUCUUGCGCGAAGAUUCGGGUUCCACGUCUGAUUUGUACUACUCAUUCGAGGCUGGGAUGGCCCACGUGGUCACGUUGUGUUCGUAUUGCCCUUGCGGCAACGGGUCUGCCCAGUACCGCUGGCUGGAGCGCGAUUUAGCCAGGAUGAACCGCACGCGCACGCCGUGGCUGAUCUUCAACUGGCACACCCCCUGGUACACGAGCAACGCUCACCAUACGAUGUCGGAGGGCGAGGAGAUGCGGGGCGAUAUGGAGGCCAUGCUGCACGCGGCGGGUGCCGACAUCGUGUUCAACGGACACGUGCAUGCUUACGAGCGCAUGCACCCCGUGUACAAGAAUCAUACGGAUCCGUGCGAGGGCACCGUCUACAUUGUGGUAGGCGACGGUGGAAAUCGCGAGGGCUACGCGAACCCAUGGGUGACGCCCGAGACACCGAAGCCGCCGCUGUACGACCAGCCCGAGUGGAGCGCGUUCCGCGAGUUCGCCUUCGGCUACGGCCAGCUUCGCAUCCACAACGCAUCGGCGGCCGAGUGGCAGUGGCACAAGAACGACAACGGCACCAAGUCCGUCUCUGACUCGGUGUUGCUGUACCCACGGGGCAGGCGUCCCGGCUGCCAGAGUGGAGCCCUCAGCGGCAUAGUCGUCUGAGGCAAGGCCGCGGGCCAGCCCUUGGGCUCCGGACGCCUAGCCAUCUGAGGCCCAAGCGGAGGAGGAGGAGGAGGAGGAGGGGGAGGAGGAGGAGGAAGGAUGCCAGAGCGAGGGCUGGCGUGGGGCCGCCCUGCCGCUCGAACGUCGAAGCCGCGCGCCGCCAAACGUCAUACUAGGCGGC